AUGUCCCAGGACUACAGAACAUCAAUGAUGGCGCCGCAGUCGCCGGCGGUGGCGCGCAACUGCCUGCCGCUCCGGUUCAGCGACGGGCCGAGGCAGGCGGUGCCGUUCUCGACGGUGACGGCGGCGUUUUUCCACCAGGCGCGGACGCAGCCGUCGCGGCCGGCGGCGCGGGACCUGACGUCCAAGACGAGCGCGGCGGGGCGCGAGGUGACGUACGCGACGCUGGCGCGGCGGGCGCGGCUGCUGGCGGCCAAGCUGCGGCGGCUGGGCGUGCAGCCGGGCGACCGCGUGCCGCUGGUGGUGAAGCGCGGCGUCGAGAUGCUGGUCGGCAUCGUGGCGGUGCUGGCGUGCGGCGCGCAGUACGUGCCGCUCGACGGCGGCGUCGUCCCCGACUCGACGCUCAGGGUCGUCCUGCGCCAGGCCGGCGAGCGGCUGGCCCUGGUCCUGCCGUCCACCGAGUACCGCGUCCGCGCCGUCAGCGUCGACUGCGUCACCGUCGUGAUCCCCGUCGUCGAGGGCGCCGAGGCCGAGGCCGAGGCUGAGAGGGAGAGGCUCGGCGAGUACGACAAGGCGGCGGCCGAGGAGGGGUUUGUCGACCUGGCCAGGCCGGAGCUUGGGUGUUAUGUUAUUUACACCUCUGGCACUACUGGUGAGCCAAAGGGGGUUGAUGUGAUGCACAGCAACGUCACCAACCUUCUCUGUCUCGGCCCUGGAAACCUUGGCAUCAAGCCCGGGAUGUGCGUUGGGCAGGUCCUGAACAUCUCAUUUGAUAUGGCCGCUUGGGAGAUUCUUGGAUGCCUGUGCAAUGGAGGCACUCUUGUUCUCCGAGGGUCUGACUGGCUGCCGGCCAUCAAAGAGAUUGAUGUCCUCAUCUGCACUCCCAGCAUUCUCGCAAAGUACAACCCUGCAGAAUUCCCUAGGAUCAGGACGGUGGCUACUGCCGGAGAGCCCAGCAACCAGAGGUGA